AUGCAGGUCGAAACGAAUUCGGGAAAGUGUAAGCAGAACAUCUUGUCGGGCUUCCACCUUGGGCAUGAUUCAAGUUUGCUCGAGAGCUCGGGCACCAACGGGCCUGGCCUGACUAUAAAAUGUGUGGCUGGUUGGGACCGGCCUUCAGGCCAACCAGGCACAACCCAGAAGGACGCCAAGAAGGAGUACGAAUGGGAGGCGUCCAGCCCUUGCCAUUUCGUUUUCCGGUUUUCCAAUGAACUGGGCGACAAGAAGCCCGUGACAAUAACACUGAUCACGCCUGUCAGGGCCCAGACCCUGUCUGUGAAAAGGAAGUCGCCCUUCGAAACUCUGACCGUCCACGUUGAGCCAAUGCCCUUGCAAGUGGGGCUGGGUUUUCCGCUCAAGCGACUGCAAGAGAGUGGAUUUUUCCAAGGGACGAGAAAAUCGGGUCACUUGAUACACGGCACAACCCUUGUUCAUUGGUGCCCAACGGGCUUCAACUCCCUCCCUCGGGAGUCACUGGCGAGAAUUACUCUGUCACCCAAUGUACUGCUGAUACUCGCCCCCUUCCGGAACCACACAAACGAGCGAGCGUGUACAGAAAACAUGAGCAUCAGGUCCUACCGAUUUCACUAUCCUCACCCCAAGCGAUACAGAGACCGCUGA